AUGGGUUCCAACGCCGAAAACAAGCGUCAGAACGACUGUGUCGAUGCUCCUCAGAGCCCACCUCGUCGUCGUGUGGUUGCAGGUCCUAUGAACCUGACCAUUGCGUUCCCAACUCAGCCAGCUUCUGCUGGAAACGCAAGUCAAUCGACUGAGAACGCAAGCCAAAACACCCAGCAACAGAGUCAGCCAAAUCCUGUUGCCACAAGUGCAGCUCUGUCCCAGCCAGAACCGAUGGCUGGACAGCAACGCAGAGGUCGCGCUAGAAGAGUCGCAGCCACCAACACCAACGAGGAGAGGUCGUCAGUACGCCAGUACUUGCUCGACUCUUUCGUUCCUUUGGCCCCGAGAGCCUCUGCCUUCAAGAAUGGCCACGUCCCAGAUCCAGAGACGAAGCCUCAAGUUGCCUCUCAGGAGGUCAAUCGAGAAAUCCCAAGUCCAAAGGACAAUCUCGUUUCUGCAUCCAAGCCGGUCCAACAGCCGAGUGUGAUUGUGGAGUGCCCCAAGUACUCCCCACCUCGUGCUAUACCGAUCACCAAGCCGGAAUCCGAUUUCGUUUCGCCAACCGAUCCCGUUGCGCUUGGCCGUCUCAUGAGGAACCCCGGUUCCAAACGUGUCCGCGGUGAAUACAAUCCAAGCACUGAAGAAGUGAAGCUGCCAACUUUCAAUCCGGCCAUGCCAAACUAUGGCGCGCCGUCCAAAGCUUCUGUCGCCCCUUCAGUUCCCAAAAGUCAAGUCCCAAAACCGUGGGACUUUGUGAAACCGUACGACAAGGACGACCUUCAAGCACCAAAUCGGUUCGCCAACCCGUCGACAAUGCCAAGUGACUUUCCGCAAGUUGCUCCGUUGACGACCCAAAGUGACAGGCCCGAGCUUGUCCCGUCAACCCAGCAGAGUGAACUGCCGCCAACAGAACCUCAAGGACUUGGUGUGAACCCACCACGCAAUGUCGUCUCGGGCCCACAAAAUAUUGUGAUGGUCCAAGCAUCGCGUCAAGCACCAGAAAAUGUCCCAGCACAGGUUUCUGCCGCCGAAACUAGCAUGCUGGAGGGCCCAAUGGCUGCAUCGCAAAGCACCGAGCCAUUACCUCCACAACAAGCUGCUACGUUGAGGUUGAAUUUCGAACCGGCAGCCGACAAUUCCACCGCGCCGAGGUCAAAUCUCCCUUCACUGCGGGCGCACCUUGAACGUAUCGCAAGGCGUCCUGUUCGGGCUUGGAAGCAUGUCUUCCCCCGGGACGCCUAUCGCCAAGAGCGAUACGAAAUGUUGCGCCGCUUCCAUCGUGAAGGGGAUAUCUUUAUGCUCGACGCGCCGAAACCUUCACUCAAGCGGAGUGUCGACGAGAUGACGGAUCCGAUGCAGAACGAGAUCGAGGCAGGACGAGCAACUCCACAUCCGGACAUGGAGUUGGAUAUCGAUCCUCUCAAGUCCUUUGUCCGGUGUGUCUGUGGGCUCCGAGAACCCAAGACAGAUGACAGUGGAGAUGUCGAGAUGCAAGGAAUGCCAGGACAAUGGCCAGUAACCCCGCCUCGUCCGGCUUUAGCAAACCGUUUUGCUCCCAACGGAUCAGAUCCCUCACCGUGCAAUCCUGUCAGUGCCCAGUCGAUCCCAGACGUGCCUCAAAGCCCAAUCCGCGCACGAUCCCAACGGAACUGGGUAUUCCACACGAUGAGAAUCUUCGGAACCGUCAAGCGCCAAGUCACCAGAUUUUGCAAGGCCUGCGUGACACCCUGCAGAUCUUGCCCACCGCCUCGCAAAUUCAUGACUUGGUGUGACUACAGAGCGAAACUGCGAGACGAACGACGCAAUAAACGAAAGCCCCGGCUUCCAAUCGUUCACGUCGAGCAGCUCCCGCUCCCCACGGUUCCACAAAUCUCCACUGUCAUGCCACCGCCCCCCGUCUCGAGACAUCGAUCUCGAAAGUCUUCUCCAAUCAGCAGACCGGUCCGAAAGGACAAAGUACCGUCCUAUAUCCCCAAAUCCAAGAGUUUCCUUCAUGGAGUCUUGAGUGGACGCGUUACAAAAGCCAACGCUAAUUGGAAAGAUAGAUCGAUGCAAUGCACUAACCGCCUCGGUCCUAGACGCGUGCCAACUCCCCAAACUCUUCCCGAGAAGAAUUUGGAGCUGUCUAUGGAACCGAUGUUGCCAGUGCGUCAAGAAGACGAGACGAAGGUGGUGGCAUGGUUCGCCCCAUCUUCCCGCCCGAAUCUUCCAUCCCCCAAGGAGUCGUUGCCAGUUCAGCCAGAGACACCGACAAGCCAAAUUUCACCUCCGACACCAACUGCCUCCCCAACAGCAGUUGUCCCUCCAACCGCCGUCGAGGUCCAAGGUGUUGCCGACGCUGAACCUAUGGUAGCGACUGAGCCUUCUUCUUCGAAGACUCCAGAGGAGUUCCAGGAGUCAAUCUCGCAGCCAGAAAUGGUUGCAACCUCCGAGGAACAGGCCACUGAGUCUGCCCCCGCCGAACCCGUCCGUGAAAGCCAACCACCACGGACCAAGAAGCAUGUGCAUUGGAUAGCCUCUUCGACACCGCAAAGACGUCCAAUCUCGUCAGUUAAUGUCUUUGACCCACAAGCUGCUAUAAUGCCUAAGGUUCAGGCCCAAGAAGAAGAGGAAGAUUCGAUUCGCCCAGCCGAACGACCAUCGUCCGAAACCCGUCAACCCUCAACCAUCCGACCACUCUCAGCCAAGUGGGAGUCGAAAGUCGAAACGGCCCUGUCACAACCAGACAGCCGUCAGCUCGGUACCACCCUCGGUGGAGAUACCCUGACUCGCCGUGACUUUGCUACGUGCGCAACACCGUUGGCUUGGCUCAACGAUGAAAUCAUCAAUGCGUACCUAGCACUAGUCAUCGACUACGCUCGUCGAUCAUCGGGUAAUUCAGGACGACACCAGCAGCCCAAGUACCACGCCUUCAAUACCUUUUUCUACUCGAGCCUGCGCGACAAAGGCUACGAGUCCGUACGGCGUUGGGCCACUCGUGCCAAAAUCGGAGGUCCAGCAUUGUUGAGAGUGGAGACAGUUUUCGUGCCCAUUCAUCACCAUGCACAUUGGACUCUGAUGGUGGUCAAACCGGCCGUUCGAACCAUCGAACAUUUUGACUCUCUCGGUGGCAGCUCUUCCUUCCACGUUGCCAAAAUCAAAGAGUGGAUCCGAGGUGAGUUGGGCGAUCUCUUCGUCGAAGAAGAGUGGCGGGUUCUCCCAUCAAUUUCCCCGCAGCAAAAUAACGGUAGCGACUGCGGCGUAUUCCUUCUCACGACCGCCAAACUGGUGGCGUUUCAACAGGCUCUCUCCUAUGGGCCCAAGGACAUACCCGCGAUCCGCAAGAGGAUAGUUGCUGAGCUGAUGAACGGGGGUUUUGAGGGAGAUUUCGACCCGAAAGCUGAGCUUCCUGUUCAAUCAAAGCUGUAA